CAAACACCUGUCUACAAAAACCAAGUACCUUACUACCCAAACCAAGUAUCUCCCCAUCAAGCUGCCAGUCCUGUAAGCAUGAACCGGCCCACUUCCCCCCAGACCAUGAUCUAUGCUGCUCAGGGGGGGCAAGUCAUGUACCCCAUGCACCACUACCAAAAACCUUCACCAGCUAGGAUAUCUACAGAUGGAAGCUGCACUUCUACCAGUACCAUAUCUACAGCUGGAAGUUGCACCCCUGCAGCAGGAACCAUAUCUAUGGAUGCAAGCUGCACCUCUACCAGUACCAUAUCACAGGUGCCCACUGGAAGAGUAGUUUCAGAUGAUGAGGAUAAAUCAAGCAUGAGUGAGCUUGAAAAAUUUGCCCAAGAUACUAAAAGGCGGAGGCUUAGGAUGGGAUUUACCCAGGAAAACGUUGGGAACGGACUAGGAGCUUUGUACAAUAACCGUUUCAGUCAAACAACAGUUUGCAGAUUUGAGGCUGGCCAACUGAGCCUUGCUAACAUGCGGAAACUGAAACCAAUCAUUAAUAAAUGGCUUGAUGAAGUUGAAUCAAAUGCAGCUAGCCGAGCGAUUGUUAACGAUGGAGAGAAGCUGAAAAACUAUGGAAAAAGAAAACGCCGUACAUUCAUUCAAGCUGCUACAAAGAGCUAUUUAGAAUUGUGUUAUGAGCAGUGCCCUCAUCCCACUAAAAGUGACAUCGAAAUAAUUUCAGAAAAAUCCAAGAUGGAAUACGAAGUUAUUCGGAUUUGGUUCUGUAACCGGCGCCAGAAGUCAAAGAAGGAAUUGGACAAAUGCCUGAAGGAGCAGACCAUAACAUUUGGAAACUUUGCUCAACCCAUUCCAGCUUCUAACACAGGAAACUGGGUCAUGCCACCAAUGGCAGUACCACAACCCUGGCUACUUGAUAUGGCUGCAUCAAAUCAUACACCUUAUAUGGCUACAAACAACCAGAACGGACAAUUCAUCCAACAUGCCAUGCAAAGGAUGCCUCCUGGAAACUAUACUCAGUAAACCGUGGUAUAGCCGCAUUCCUAUUUUGCUUUAUUACAGUUAAAUCUCUCUUUCGAGCAUUAACCCAUCUUGAUCACUCUUACUUCAGUUCAAUGUUAUAGCCAUAACCAUACCUCUUCACUUCCCUGUCAUCAUUAUUAGCUCAUUGUUCUCAUUCAUGCCUUAUAUAAAUAUAUUGACAAAUCCUUCCCCCUGCCUCUGAAAUUCACCAGAUCUGACACCGGGUGAACCUCAAACUCCAUGCACUUCAGUGGGAUCAUUUUACACCUUACCCUCUGUAAGCUAUUCAAAACCUGAUUCCACCCCACAAACUCUCUCAAACUAUCUCUCUGUCAAUGACAUUCAUAUCUGUUAUGCUUCAAACCAUAUCUCCCCCAUUUUUCAAACCAAUGACCUUUAUAACAAGUUCUUUGUAGACCUAGAACUCACUGCAC